AUGGCGGGUGGGCAAGUAGAGAAGCAAGUCAAAUACAAGAGCUCUGUGAAGGAUCCAGGAACUCCUGGAUUUCUCAGAAUCAAGGAAGGGAUGUUGCUCUUCGUCCCCAAUGAUCCCAAAUCAGAGUCAAAGCUUAAAAUGCAGACUCAGAACAUCUCAGGCCAAAAGUAUACCAAAGAAGGAUCAAAUAAACCUCCUUGGCUCAAUCUGAGCAACAAGCAGGGAAGGAGUCAUAUCUUUGAGUUUGAAAAUUAUUCGGACAUGCAUACUUGCCGUGAUUUCAUCAAUAAAGCACUUGCUAAAUCUGAAGAGGAGCCUAAGAAACCAGCUGUCUCGUCAUCUGCUGAGAAGCUCAGUAAUGCAGAAUUCGAGCUACGUUUCAAGCUUCUUCGAGAAAAUAGUGAGUUGCAGAGAUUGCAUAAGCAACUCGUGGAAAGCAAAGUCCUGACAGAAGAUGAAUUCUGGGCUACAAGGAAGAAAUUACUUGGUAAAGAUUCCAAUAGAAAGUCAAAACAACAGGUCGGGCUCAAGAGCAUGAUGGUUUCUGGGAUCAAGCCAUCCACUGAUGGGAGGACUAAUAGGGUGACGUUUAACUUGACAUCAGAGAUCAUUUUUCAGAUUUUUGCUGAGAAGCCAGCUGUUCGGCAGGCAUUCAUAAACUAUGUUCCGAGUAAGAUGACAGAAAAGGACUUUUGGACAAAAUAUUUUAGAGCGGAAUACCUUUACAGCACCAAAAAUACAGCAGUAGCUGCAGCAGAAGCUGCCGAGGACGAGCAACUUGCGGUGUUUCUGAAACCUGAUGAGAUAUUGGCUCGGGAAACUCGUCAAAAGAUUAGACGGGUUGAUCCAUCUCUUGACAUGGAGGCUGACCGGGGAGAGGACUAUAGUCAUCUUAAGGGCCAUGGGAUCCAGCGAGAUGGCACCAAUGACGUUGUUGAACCACAGAAUGGACAAUUUAAGAGGUCAUUGCAGCAAGAUCUUAAUCGUCAUUCUGCUGUUGUAUUGGAAGGCAGAAACAUUGAUGUUGAUUCAGAAGACACGAGGCUUGUUGCAGAGGCUCUAGCUCGGGCCAAACAAGUAAGCAAAGCUGAUGGAGAAAGCACCAAGGACGCUAAUCAGGAGAGAUUGGCGAGAAUGUCUAGGGCAGCAGAAAUGGAGGAUCUUCAAGCACCACAAAACUUCCCGUUAGCACCGCUUUCUAUCAAGGACCCUCGCGAUUACUUUGAAUCUCAACAAGGGAACGUCCUCAAUGAACCUAGAGGAGCAGGUUCAUUAAAGAGAAAUGUCCAUGAAGCUUAUGGAUUGCUAAGAGAAUCCAUUUUAGAGAUUAGAACUACAGGGUUAAGUUACCCGUUGAUUAAACCAGAAGUUUCCCUCGAGGUUUUCAGUUCGUUAACCCGGACUAUCUCAACUGCAAAGAAUAUUAUCGGGAAGAACCCGCGAGAGAGCUUUCUGGACAGAUUACCAAAGUCCACCAAGGAUGAAGUUCUUCAUCACUGGACAUCGAUACAAGAAUUACUCAGACAUUUCUGGUCAUCUUACCCAAUAACAACCACAUAUCUUCAUACCAAGGUUGCUAAACUGAAGGAAGCAAUGUCGAAUACGUAUUCGCAACUCGAUGCAAUGAAACAGUCGGUGCAAACUGAUCUUCGGCAUCAGGUUUCUUUAUUGGUUCGUCCAAUGCAGCAGGCUCUUGACGCUGCGUUUCAGCACCACGAAGCGGACUUGCAGAGAAGAAGCGCAAAGAGCGUUGGAGGCGGCAGCGGUUGA